CCAAUGUCUCAUAUCUCAAGAAAGAGAAAGAGAGAGAGAAGCAAAAUGGGGAGGACGAGGAGAGAGAGAGAAAGGAGGAGGGCUACUCUAUGAGGAAAAGGAGGGGAGGGAAUAUUUAAUGGAUGUACAUCAAACUGCGUGGUUCUGCUGUGGUUGUAGUAUAGGACGGAAAGCAAGGGAAACCGGGGGAAGGGAGGUCAGGUGGGGAAGGAGGAGUGAGGACAGAGCAGCCAUGACUGACAGCACGCUGUCGCCACCUUGCCUUCAUGUCUUGGCCGUUGAUGACUGCCUCAUUGACCGGAAAAUUGUCGAGAAGAUCCUCAAAUCCGGCGGACUCUUCAAGGUCACUUCUGUUGAUAGCGCCAAGAAGGCCAUGGAAGUUCUUGGUUUGAAUGAGGAAGUCGACGGCCCAACUAAUACUAGUGAUAAUCAAAUCGAUAUCAUCCUCACCGACUACUGUAUGCCUGAAAUGACCGGCUACGAUCUUCUGAAGAUGGUUAAGGAACACAGUCGGCUGAAAUCAAUUCCUGUGGUUAUAAUGUCAUCUGAGAACGAGCCUCAGAGGAUUAAGAGGUGCCUGUCAGAAGGAGCUGAAGACUUCAUCCUCAAGCCUCUUCAACUAGCACAUGUCAACAAACUGAGAAGCUAUGCAAGACCUGCAACUUCAACAGCGAAGGCCACCAAGAAGAGAAAGCUACCCCCGGAUAUAUUACCUGAAAAUGAAACAGAGAGACGACCACGCCUUACAGGCGUAGCCGUUGCCUGAAGCACUUUGUCUUGGUCCUGCACCACCCUGCCUUCUCUCUAACUAAACACUAGGCUACCUCCAGUAUCCCUCAACUGCUUCCACUCUAUUUCUAUGGAAGAAGGGAUUUUGUUUUAGGCAUCAUUGGUUUCCUGUUGUGUGUAUUUAUCUCGGUGUAUGUGGAGUGUAAUAUUGGGGGAUUGAGCUUCCAUCUUUUUUAGCCUUUCUUUUCUUUUCUUUCCUUUUUUUUUCCUUUGUUCUCUGCGUACAUGUAAUUGUAUUUUGCAUUAUGAAAAUUAAUCACUGAGCUCUCUCCUGAUCA